CCCACGGAGAUAAGACCGGAGCCGCGCUCCCUGCCCUCGUCGAAGAUGAAGACCGUCCUCGCCUUCCUGUUCCUGGUGAUCUCCGUCGCCCUGGCAGUCGAGCGUCCCAGUGCAGCCCCUGCCCUGACCCAGACCAACAACCGGAAGGUGGAUCCCGUGUCCUCCUCAUGUUGCUUUAGCUUCAUAAAACGCCCCGUCCCACUGAACCUCUUGAAAUCUUUUGAACACACCAGCGAGAGCUGCAGCGUGGCCGCCGUUGUAUUCCUUACCCAAAGAGGCCUAAAGAUCUGCGCAGAUCCCUCGCAGUCCUGGGUCCAGGAUCACAUCCGUGCCCUCAGCGCAUCCUAAACCUGCUCCGGGCGAGGGGAAAGAAAGCCCCCCCCCCCUCUUGGCAGAUGCCCGUAAUCAAAGGAGAGGGGGAAAAAACCCCCAUUAUUAAAGGCAGUGCUUUAUGCUGAAGCAUGUG